AUGCAGAACCUCAAGCCUCCUCACCCGAAAGCGAUGCACGUAAAGCGUGUUACGCUUACCUCGAAGAAGAACUGGUGGAUGGUGGAGAUGAACGAGGAGGAAGAGCCACAACAACAACAUUCCAUCAACUCGUUCUCGUCAGAGGAGACAGCCAUCGACCCGCCAGCGUACAACCAAUACAACCAAUACAAUCACGGCGUGGAUGAGCACAACCACGCGAUGGAUCUCGACCUAAAACACAAGAUGCCAGACUCGCCACCGCCAUCGCCCAUCUACAACCCGCCACGGCACCCAACAUCCAUAUUCUCCUUUCCCACACCGACAGCAUAUUCGGCCCCUCCCAACCCCACUGCUAGUCUGACACCCUUUGCUCACGGAUCAGCGUCAGAGCUGUUUAGAUGUGUGGUGAAGAAGCCCGACGUCAUCCAGCUCGAGAUCAACGGCGAGAUGCAGUCCAACGCGAGCGAUGUCACCGUCCAGUUCCUCGCCGAGCUGCGUGUGUAUACCACUGUCGCACGGCAUCGGAAUAUAUGCGCCUUCCUCGGAUCUCUGGAGAACGUGGGCAUGGUCCUAGCGUACAUCGACGGCCGGACGCUGUACGAUGUCAUCAUGGAACGCCCGCUCCUGACGCCCAAACAGAAGGUGGACUACCACAACCAGCUCCUAGACGGCCUGAGCCACCUGCAUUCGUACAGGCUUAGUCAUGGGGACUUGUCGUUGCUGAAUGUGCAGGUGACGAAAAGGACGAACACGGUGAAGUUGUUGGAUUUUGGGAGGUCAGUGUCGGCAGAUUCGGUGUUCAGGGCCCCGGAUGACGAGCCUGUGGACCCAUUCCAUGAUAUCUCGAAACGCUAUGCCCACCACACACACGCCUCCCUCCCUUCGAGCACGGUGAAAGUCGAGCAAAUUCACCCUGGAACGCGCCCGUUCUCCGCCCCGGAGAUUCUGAGAGGCGAGUGCCAGGAUCCCUUGUUGGCAGAUGCGUAUAGCUUUGGGAUGGUCAUCGUAUGCAUUGAUCGCUGCGAAAGCGUCGAUGUGAAGCCGUGGGAUCAGAGGAAGGACAAGCUCCCCAAGGAUCUGUUCGACGGGUGCGAUUUGUUUGGUACGAGGGCAAGGGAGUACUUGAAGAAGUGCACUGAAGGAAGGAGGAGGUUGAGGAAGGAAGACAUGAUUCCGGAUACCGAUUUAUAG